CUUGGAACACUUUUCAAGAGGGUCUGAGGCCGGCCUUCUGCCCUGGAGGACCUCCUGGGACAGCCGUUUCCUGCUGCUAAGCCAGCCCGCUUUCUCUCCUUCUCCAUCUGUUUCUUGCAUGCGACAAACUGAAACAAGCAACAUGUCUCUGCAGUGCACCAAGUCAGCGGGACACUGGAAGAUCGUGGUGUGGGAUGAGGAGGGCUUCCAAGGCCGGCGGCAUGAGUUCACAGCUGAGUGCCCCAGUGUGCUGGAGCUUGGUUUUGAGACUGUGCGAUCUUUGAAAGUGCUGAGUGGAGCGUGGGUGGGUUUUGAGCACGCCGGUUUCCAAGGGCAGCAGUAUGUGCUGGAGCGGGGUGAGUACCCGUCCUGGGAUGCCUGGAGUGGCAACACGUCCUACCCCGCCGAGAGGCUCACCUCCUUCCGGCCCGUGGCCUGCGCUAACCACCGCGACUCGAGGCUGACCAUCUUUGAGCAAGAGAACUUCCUGGGCAAGAAAGGAGAGCUGAGCGAUGACUACCCCUCCCUCCAGGCCAUGGGCUGGGAUGGCAAUGAAGUGGGCUCCUUCCAUGUCAACUCGGGGGCCUGGGUUGGCUCCCAGUUUCCUGGCUACCGAGGUUUUCAGUAUGUGCUGGAGUGUGAUCACCACUCAGGCGACUACAAGCAUUUCCGGGAGUGGGGCUCUCAUGCCCAGACCUUCCAGGUGCAGAGCAUCCGAAGGAUCCAGCAGUGAGCAGGGGGUCCAGCGCUGAGCAGUGAGCAUAUGCUUGUCUGGAA